CAGUCGGAUAAUCGAACGUGGCAUAUGUGUAUAGCGAAACGCAGACACGCGGUAUCUACCAGGUAACUUCUAGAGAAAGAACCGAACCUUUGAAGAUAAGCCAUCCCGGUGUGUUUAUAAUGCAAGCAUAUUGGUGGAAUCUCUCGAUUUUCAGCGUGCGGUAUUUAGAUGAGAUCUGGUGUAGUCGACCUUGAGGUGGUUUCAUACCAAAGUUGCGGGAGUAAGGGGCACGUUUAUUGUGGUGUUUUCUGGUGUUUACUGUCGGAUUUAAGUGGAUACUUCAGUCAAUUCCUCGUUCACUGCGAUUCAAUUGGAAUAAGAGGAUAAGUUAUAUAACAGCAACAAUCAGUUUCAACACAAGAAAAUACAAGUGUUAGCUGUGAUAUCUUGUUAAAAUUAUAAAUUCGCCUGAAAAUAAAUUCAGUCUGUAAAUCAUACCGAGGGACGUUAGUUUGAGAUGCGUUUACCUCACACGCGGAUAAUACUAUAAACAACCUCUUUCAGAAGGCAAAAGAACACUAUACACACUGAAACUGUACCGCACUGUUUUAUUUAAGUUUUAUAGUAUGACACUGUGCAUAAAUACCAGGAAUGUGCGAUUAACGACUGUGAAACCGCUACGUAUUGUCCACCUUCUACAACCAUUUAUCAGAGAAUGAUCACGUGAUCAUAGAACCUCUUAAUCAACGUGCUCUUGUUAGUUAGGUCUUAAUGAUAACUUUGAUAUUGAUCUUAUAGUUGGAAAUGAUAAGUCGAUAUACAUAGUCAAAUCCCAGCGAAGCCUCUGCAACAAGCUAACACAUACAGGUGGUAUGCGGAUCGAUUUUAAAAGUCCUCUUAAUGCGAUCAUCGACCAAGUCUCGCGGCCACUUUGGAAACUAUGGUCAAUAUAGGGCGACAUGGGGAUAUCAAAUCAGCUGAUAAGCCAUGUCUAAGACUAGCCCACCCAGAACGGAUAUUGCGCAAUUCACGUGCUGUAAACGCGAACGGACGUGGCCAUGAACACGUGACGCAACUUAUUACCUCAGAUGAAGAAACUUGCAAUAAGAGAACAGUGGCGAAGUGUUCUAUCACGGCAGUGGAUAUCCCCUAUAACCAAACCGGCGAUAUCCUUGCGUGCUGUAAAUAUUCAUCGGAAUCAUAUACUCAGUGUCAUUGUAAAGGAUCAGUAUUCGAGACCCCUUCGCACGAGACCUACGAAGCUUAUCUGGAAAUCCCCCAAAGAGACCACCGCACGUCGGCCUUGCGGACGCUGCCUCCAUCUCUCUGGCAGCCGAAAGCGAUCAAUUCUCAUUCCAAAAUCUGUAUCUCCUCGAAUCGCACUUUUACCAUUACCCUCUUUUAUGUGCUUAUCUCUCUUCUACUCCUGUGUAAGAGCUGUGUCUGCCUUCUGUGCUCGAACGAGGACCGUCUUAAUCAAACGUCCCUUAGUUUCGGGCUCUCCGAGCGUCCCAGCUACCUUGGCUUAAUCGAUCGAAACAAAUUCCCUAAAAUCUACUCCCAGUGUAAACCGUUGACUUCUAACUUUGUAAACGAUGUAUGUGAUAUUAAGCUAAAAUCGACUAUAUCCUCUAGAAGUAUGGAGUUGAGAAAAUUACACACAAAUUUCUGUGGUUACCCUUUAGUUAAUGUGCUUUCAAGUGAGGAAAUACGGCGCGUCACCCAUUGUUCCAAGGGUGAUUGUUUAAGUGUUUUACAAGCUGUUCAAUACACGGAUUCGGAAUUAAGUGAUAUGUUCUGUCAAUUCACGGAUGUUGUAAAUAUGAUCGACUGCAAGGAGGUGUUUGCUACCCUAGGAAACUGCGACAAAUGCAAGAUGGCCUACAGACAAUGGUUGUGCUCAGUAUAUCAUCCAUUUUAUGACAAUGGUAAACCCGUCAAGCCAUGUAUUGAGUUCUGUGAUCUAGUCUCGGAAAACUGCCCUUUCUUCCGUCCGUUUGGGGAAACGCUUAUUGGGGAACCGGGUUUUAUAUGCAAAGAUUCAAAGUCAAAACUCGCCGCAGAUACUGCUGUUAUAUAUGGUCCACCAGACUGUUGUUAUAAACCAUGUUUCGUCACUUCCGGUCGUCAUGAUUGCCCGCCUCCCGUCUGCAAGGCUCCGCACGUGGGAAGCGUGCUGUCUCCAGACGACAUCUCAACUAACGUCACGUCGCAUAGCAACCUUACCACGCAGCUUGCCAGUUCAGCGAACCAUUUAGUCAUUCAUUCAAGAAUAGUAUUUGUAUUAUAUGUCAGUGUUAUAAACGCAUUAUUCAUCAAAUAUGACGUCGUACAUAAGAGUAUAGGAUGGACAUAGCGUUAGAAAAUGUGAAUGUAUGUAAAUUUAGUGUAUCAUAGAUCAUAAAAAAUAAUUAAAUCAAAACGUGUGUCAAUGGUGUGAACAGUGUAAGGGUUUGUUUUUACAAUGCGUUGUUCAGUAAUCUUAUUAAAGAGGCGGACAAAAAGCAAAUUGCUUGAUAUUGGAAAUAGAACACUUGAUAACUAUCACAGCAAAAUGGAAAAUUAGCAAUUUAUAUUCGGGUUCCUGUUAUAGCUAUGUAUCGAUCUGCGGUCUUAACUGACCGAUCUUUGUUCAACAAGGACGAUAAGAGAAUCGCAUUUCCAAGAAAAAACGUGUUCUCUGGCAUCAUAUGAAAGGAUUUCACAAGCCUUUUGCAUAUUAAUACGAUUAUAAAUUUAUGAACGCAAAUAAAUAUAAAUACGAAUGUAAUGUUCUUGUUAUGCGUAUGUUGUGUUCUAAACAUGAACUGUUUUACCUCAAUUAUGUACACAUCUUUUGUGAAGUAAGAAAUUAAAAAGAAGGCAAAAAACAUGGCUUGAAAAUGUGUAGAUUAGAUGUGUGCCAAUGUGUGCAGUUUAGUGACAUAACUGCCUCAGUCGUUACCGACGAUUUAAAACAUCGUUUUUCAAAACGUUUCCAAUUGUUAAAGUCAAGUCUAGUUACGCUUCUCAUCAAUUCAGGUGAAUAACAAACAAAAUAUUAGUUGUUUGAGUUACAAUAAUACAACAGUAUAUUAUAUUAUUUAAGAAAUUCUGCCUAGAAAACUGCACUGUGUAUAUAUAAAAUGAUUUUUAUGAUGUAAAUCCAAAAAUCGACAUAAAGUCAAUUUUAGAUGUAAACAAAUAAUUUUAUAAAAUCAACCUACAAUAUUUAAGUUAGAUACCAACAUCAAAAAGUACAACAUUUUACGCAAAUACUUAUUGGAAGAACAAGUUGGCAUAAGGCAAUUUUUAUUCAAAUUAAAAUGCAGUAGAAAAUGGUAAAUAAAUAUACCAUAGUAUGUAUAUGUAUAUAUAUGUUGCAUAUUUAGUAUUAAUUUAAAUUGCUUUUAAUUUACGUUCCAUCGACAUAAAGUGUUCGUAAACAAUUAUGUAUCAAAUGUAAAUGUGUAUUUAUGUUUGAUAAUUGUAGUUUGCUGUGGAACAUGUUGCUUAUUGGUCCGGACAGUCCAAAAAUAUGUGUUCAUUUCGCACUCAUGGAUUGCGGGUGUCCGCAUUGGUGGGUUGCGAAAUAUGAAUAGUCGUGUGUGCGGGCUUCGUGAGUGCGAAAGAGUUGUUGCAAGCAUGGUUGCGUAAUAUUGCGUGUGCAUAUUUUACAUGUUCUUGCUAGAAACGGUUGUCCUUACUUUGCGGUACAUUGUUUAGAAGUACUAUUGCAGAAAUUUGAGAUUUACGUCGGAAUAAUACAAAUUGGAAUAUAUAAUUAUGAAAUUGUGUUAUUCGGUAAGCUCUUAAUAUGCCAUUAUUUCCUUUUAGCGACGACGUAUAGCUUCGCGAUAAAAUAUAAAGGGGAUUUUCAAGAUAUGUUGUAUGAAUAAAUAUGUUUCCAUUUUUAGAAUUUGAUUGUAUGUAUGUCAAAAAUGUUUGUUAAUGCAAAACUCCCACUAGUGAAUGUAUGGUUUGAGUUCAAAUGAUAUUCAGCAUGUGUAUUUUUGAGGGGGUGUAUAUGUGUGCGUUUGUGAAGAGUUAUUCCUGUCGUCGAUUAGAUGUUUUAGAAAAUAAGCAAGUCACAACGGAUGAUGUGUGGUGUGUAUUUACUAAUUGUUUUUGAGUCUGUUAAUAAUUUUAAUGAGCGUAUUUGUAUCCGGUGUUGAUGGAAGUGUGUAUUGGGUAAGAUUCAAUUAAUUUUUAUCAUUAAAAUAAUCUCAUUGAAAGUUUAUUAUUGUCUGUGUCUGCAAAAAUACAGCCAAGUCUAACAUGUUUUAAAAUAAUAUAACGUUUUCAUUCAAUAUUUGAUUUAAUGCCAUCCUUAUCUUGUCAUAUAUUUUGCUAAAUAUUUGGCCUGUUCUAGAGGCAAUAUUAAAAAAGCGUAAAUAACGACGUGAUGUUUUCUUUGCUUAUCAAAAACGUAAUAUAAACAUGUAUAUAUAUAUAUAAAUAUAAGGUCAUGUAUUCAUGCGUUACUUUUCUUAAUAAAAGAAGUACACAUGUUUAAGUUAAAUUGUGAAAUUAAAAUUCAAUUAAAAUUGAUCUGAAUUUAUCGUAUACCUAUUUUGAACUAUACAUGUUGCUAGAAGAUAAUCAUAAAGUUUCCGUUUUGUAAAAUACCAACACACAAGUUUUUAAACAUAUUUUUCUAUCAUUUCAACCCAUAUUUAACGAUUGCCCGUAGAAGCUUCCCAAAACAGGCAAGAAAUAUACAGGCAUCUGCCGCUUUCAAGUUUAGAUACGUUUCAUUGCGAUGAUAAUGUCAUUAUUUGACUAUUGUGUAGUACUUUUUAAACAAAUGUCAUCGGUCGAGGCAAAACACACCACAAUUGCCAGAACCGGUCUUGGUUAAGAUUUGAAAUCAAGGGGCGCUACCCAUAUUUGUGAUAAGUUUUAUUUAAUUAGAAGUUAACGUACCUCUGGAAAAUUUCGCAUUCUGGAAGUUAGUAUAUCUUUGUUUAUUACCAAAAAUACUUAACGAAGUUCCGCGAUACAGACUUGCGAUACUUAUGAUUUGAUCUGGAGUGUGUUAUCAUACAGUUAGUUGUAUAAAAAAUACAAAUUAAUGCGACUUUACGAUGAAUUAAAUGCUUUUAAUUCAAACACACAUAUAUAUAU